AUGGCCCACGACGACCUCAGGGGCACGGAGCUCCGCCUCGGCCUCCCGGGCUCCGAGUCGCCGGACGGCCGCCCCACCGCAGCCACGCCCACGCUCGACCUGCUGCCGUCCAAGGGCGCCAAGCGCGUCUUCGCCCACGAGGCCCAGGUGCCGCCAGCCGCAGCCUCCGGGGACGGCAACCAGGCGGAGGCGGAGGUCCGCGGGGAGGGGGACAAGAAGGUCGCCGCGCCACCGCAGCCGGCUGCCAAGUGGGUGCCUCCUGCUGAUUCUCUCUGGGCCCAGGUGGUGGGAUGGCCACCAGUUCGCAGCUACCGCAAGAACACAAUGGCGACCAGCCAGCUAAAGAGCAGCAAGGAAGAAUCUGAUGCCAAGCAGGGGCAGGGAUUUCUGUAUGUCAAGGUCAGCAUGGAUGGCGCGCCAUAUCUGAGGAAAGUCGACCUCAAGACUUACAAGAGCUACAAGGAACUGUCUUUGGGGCUCGAGAAAAUGUUUGUUGACUUCAGCACUGGUAGGAGUGGGUCUAAUGGCUUAAAAGGCAAGGAUGGUGCAUCUGAGAGUAGAAACGAUGGAGAAUUUGUGCUGACUUAUGAAGAUAAGGAUGGAGACUGGAUGUUGGUUGGUGAUGUUCCAUGGAAGAUGUUCACUGAUUCUUGCCGGAGACUGAGGAUCAUGAAAGGUUCAGAUGCAAUUGGACUUGCUCCAAGGGCAGGGGGGAAGUCCAAGAACAAGAAUUAA